AUGCCUCGCCCGCGAAGACCCGGCGCGCCGGAGCCCAAGCGUCGAAGCCGAAAAGGAUGCUGGCCCUGCAAAGCUCGCAAAGUUAAAUGUGGCGAGGAGAAACCGAUGUGUCUCAACUGUCAACGGCAGGGAGAGGUUUGCGAUUAUAGCGUGCGUCUGAAUUGGGGUGGCAGGACGAAACGUUCGUCCGUCGACUCCCCCAGCUCCCAAUCCAGUGGAUAUGGGGGCACGUUGAUAGGCUUUGAUGUCCCACCUACUAGUGCCAACCUGGCACAAAUGCCUGCGCCAAUGACCAGUGCUCCUUCUGAUGGCUUCAUACAUGUUCGCGCUGGCGAUCUUGGCUCUCCAGGCGCCAUCUCACCCAGCACUCCGGCACGCGGUAUCUUCGAGUCCCCGAAGCCCCACUCGACGUCCGACGGGGUCCAUUCGCCGACCCAAGCUGAAGGCCAUUUUGCUACCACUUGGGCCGAGCACUCAUCCCUGUCCAGUUCAGUCUCGCCUGGUCAGUUUCCAUUCGCUCAGGGUUUCCAUGGGUCCUUCUCAGCGGCUGCUGAUCAAGGCGUAGGCCUUCGGUCUCUUUCUGCAUUUGCAUUUCACUCCAACCCGGUGGCGCAGCCGGUGUCCUUUCUGCGCAACUCGGUAGAUGAUUCUAAUGAUUUGUCUGAUUCAUCACUCCAUGAACACCACAAUGAAGCUCAAUUGUCUCCGCACAAUGAGCAUGGAAUGGGGUAUUCCAUGAAUUCGACCCAUUCCAAUGGACAUCACCACGACCUGCGAAGUGCCGGUGGUAUCGCUGCGUUGAUGCUUCAUUCUCACGAAGUAGGAACUCCCGGGACAACAUCUUCCGGCCAUAAUGGAAUGAUGUUCGGUUCAACGCCUGCAAAUAGAACCGAGUCGCUUCAUUCGUUUCAUCAUUCAGACGUGAUGUCACCCGAUGCCAAGGAGGAUGACCGGGCGACCAAGGAUGCGAACUUGGCUCAAAGCAAGUGGCAGGCAUAUCUGACCAGUGUUAAUGACAAUUAUGGCCUGGAUUGUGGGCGCCCGGACCGAGACCUGGCUUUCAACAAUGACCACGCUGCCAUCGACAUCAAUGCUGCUUUGGAUAUGAUCGGCUCGCGGGGCCGAAGUGAGGAUACUGCAUCCUCGCCUGUGGCUCGGGCGGCAUCCGACAUAUUGCAACCUGAUUACAGCGGUUACUAUGCCACCCCAGUGGCCAUCAACAUUCCGAGAUAUUUGUCUCCGCUUCCGAAGACCUUGUUGGAGAACCCGAUCAACCUGAUGUAUUUCCAUCAUUUCCUCAACCACACUUCUCGAAUGCUGGUCCCGCAUGAUUGUGAUAACAAUCCGUUCAUUUCUGUUCUGCCGGCGAUGGCCAUUGGCGAUCCUAACCUCUUGAACCUGCUUUUGGCAUACUCUGCGAGUCAUCGUGCUCGUUAUCUGGGCCAUCCAGAGCCAGCCAACCGUAUCGCGCACUUUGUUAGCGAUGUGUUCCCGACUUUGCGAGUUGCAUUGGAGUCUUCUCAUGAUGAGAUCACCGACAGCCAUCUAGCAACCUCGAUUUUGCUGUUGUCGCUCAAAAUUGUCUCACCUGGGACGUUCGAGGUUCCCAUUACGUGGCAAAGUCAUCUGAAGCUUGCGCGAGAUUUGUUCCUUGCCCGAAGUGAGCGCAUUGCACGACCGGGUAAUCGAGUUGGUGCGUUCUUUGCCCGCUGGCUGGGGUAUAUCGACACCAUGGGGGCCCUGUCCUGUCGUGAAGCAGGUCCUCCGUUGACGUUGUACCAUACUGUAUUGGCGGCCUGUUGUGGUCCCAAUGACCACGAUGAGUUCUGUGUCGAUUGUUUUUCGGGAUGCACUCCGCGGACUGGAUUCUUCCUCAUCCGCCUUGCUCGAUUGGUACAAGAAUGCGAUAAUCAGCGGUUUGACGAGAUGGGCAACUUCCGGCACGGGUGGCAUCCGUCCGCAGAUGUGGUGAUGGAAGCCCAGGCAGUGCUUGGUGAUAUGGACGGCCUGGGUGACCGUGCCCAUGCAGACGCAGACCACCAUCUUGGUGAAAGCGGAGAUAUGAUGGCCAUUGAAGAGGCCUUCCGGUGUGCGGGCCUGCUGCACCUGCAUCGGAGAGUGCUGGGAUCAUCGCCUGAUUCCUUCCCUGUGAAAGAGGCUCUUCGUAAGCUUAUCGGGGCCUUGGAACGUAUGCGCCUUGGAGCAUCCACCGAGGUUUGUGCUCUGUUCCCGCUAUUCACUGCGGGGUGUGAAUCCCGAGAUCCCUCGCAGCGCGGCAAGCUGUUGAACCGAUUCUUUGUGCUCGAGAAGUCGGGGCUGAAGCAGAUUCAAAAUGCUCGCCAAUUGAUGCAACAUUGCUGGGAUGACAAUCUCCCAUGGAUUGCACUCGCAGGAGGUGAAUUUCUGGGAUAA